AUGCAGACCAUUAACGAUGUUCUCUUCGGGAUCAUAUCAGCCGGCUUCUUCAAAUACUUGGACCACCAAUCUCCCAAUGCUGUGCGGGAAGGGACUCGACUAACGGGAGUGGCAGCUGUUAACUUGCAAGAACAACCGGGAUUGCAGGAAUUAUCCAAUUUGAUGAAAGGUGACCCAGGACUGCAGUGGGGCAACAAGUUCAAGAUACUCUUCCUCCCCGUUCACUACUGCAGAAGCUAUGGCGACCCUCUCGAAUACCUGAGAAAAGCUAAGUCGAUGAUCGACCGGAAGAAGAAGUCCCUGGAGGCUCACUUCUCCUACAGAAUCGAGGAUAUCGUCAUGACUUAUCUAGGAGCACGUAUCGCGAACCUGCUCAACUACAGGAUCAUCUGCAACACCACCUUCACUAUCUCAAACGUGCUCAGCCCGCAAGAGGAGAUCGCGGUCAUGGGCAACCCCAUCACGUACAUACGGGUGAACUCCUCGAGUUUACCUCACGCACUCACGAUGCACAUGGUGAGCUAUGCGGGGAGGACGGACAUGCAGAUUCUGGUGGCCAAGGACAUCAUCACCGACCCUGAUUUUCUGGCCAAGUGCUUUGAGGAUACUUUGCUCGAAAUGAAAGCAGCAGCUUCUACUGCCUUGAAGAAAUAA